GUGAUGCCGCCACACUGAAAUACAGGUACGGCGGUUGCUAUAGCAGCCUUUUACAACACAGAGCGCGUGAAGAUGGAGUACAGCACAGCAGCUCGUUUCCACGAUUCUGUAACACAGUUUAAAGUCUACGAAGAUUACCUUGACUCCAAAGUCACGCCAAUGGAUUUAUUUUACUUAAAAAGCAGGGAGUUGGCCCGUAAGCUGGUGGAACACGGCCACAAGGGCACAGUCCUGAGCAGGAAGGAAUUUGAGGAGAAGAAAGCAGCUGCACAGGCUGCGGAGGCUGCGAAGAGCAACAGUUUCUAUAGCAGGAGCCGGCCAAUGACACUGGCAAGUGCAGGAAAAGAACUCAAAGAUAACUUCCUGAAAGCCCUGGCAGAGCGAGAGGAGGCCAACCGCAGUGGGAAAAUGACUUCAGUCAUUUUCAUAAGGGAUCAUAAUACUCUUGGACAGGAAGUAUCUGGCUAUAUAGACUACGCCCACAGACUCAAGACCCAAGAUUUUGAACCAUAUUUCAGCGGAAAGAAGAGGCUCAUGCCAGGGCGCUCGGAUUUAUGCUACUACAACUGGAAGACACAGGUGUCCACGUCCAACUCAAGCCCUAACUUUGAGGUGAUUUAUGACGACCCCAACGGCCUUCUCUUUAAGAACAAGAGGGACAAAAAGAUCCUGAAUGUGGACCCCUUGUCUGGUCCUGGUGAGGACUCCAACAGGACCUUCCUACAAUCGGAUCUCUACAUCCAUGUCGUCAUCUAUGACCACAACAUCAGGACAGUCUAAGCUUCAGAGGCUGCUGCCGACACAUUCAUACAUAUGGCACAUAUUGGAGAGCACUGGAAGCCUCUAAUUUGACCGAGUUGCUGUAAAGUAGUUGGACCAUCAUUUACAAACUGUUGCCCUCAUAUCAUGCAUGCCAUCUGGGUGGAGGUGCUGCAGUGAAAAAUGGCUUUAAACUGAGCAUUCCCAGAGGUAAGAAGUGGAUGGACCAGUGUGACAACUUGGAAGUUUCCUUGCAAAUAACCUGAGAUUUGAUGUGUUUCUUCAGAUUUUGUGACAUUUCCCACCUAUGAAGUUAUACGUAACAUAGUUUUACUGUUAAGUUCUUUGGCCUUCUUUUCCAUUUAGUAAAUACCCAAUUUGGCUGUGUUUUUUUGGCAUUCCCUGAAGGAAUGGAACCUGCUCGGGGACCGCGGGCUCGUCCCAUCGUUUGGCCUGGCAUGUUUUGGGCUGUUUGUCUAAACAAAUUAAAGGCGUAAGAGCUUUGAAAGAUGAUGGGGGUUGCUUUUAUGUCCUCCCCUAGGCUGCGGUAGCUCCAAUUGGACUGGAAGAAUGGUUAAUGGGCUUAAAGCAUUCCGCAUGUUCCCAGAUGCAAGGCACACUUUACAGGACAUCAAAGUGCUCUAUUAUUUACAUAUUAGUCAUUCACUGUGGUAUUUUUUUAAAUGGAAGACAACUUUACAAAAAACCUGCUUUAGAAAUGAUUUAGGAAGUACAGAAGACUUGUAGCAACUUCUUCCCUUUUUAAUUUCUGGAUUUACACUUUUUUGCAUUUGUUAUUGAAACACAUGGUAAAAUUCAGCCCCACCACAAGUAACAUUAUCUAUGUCUAUAAGCUGUGAACAACAAAUUACAGGGUCUUUGUUGUUAAAUACAUUUUCUGUAGACUCUGGAGACACCUAUUUGGGGGGAAACACUUACUGUAUACCAUUUAGUCAAAAGGAAACAUCCUGCACAUGUACCAGCUUUGUGGAGGUGUUAAUGUACAGUCCUAACCAUGGAGCACAGUGUCCGCUUUUAUACUUGGAUCAACUUUUCACUCAGCAAUGCACUUUUCCCCCCCCCUUCUUUGAAUUACUUCUCGAAACCCUGUUGCUUUUGCUUUCUAAGCGUUAGAUGAGAGGAGAGCUCUCUCAUAUCAGUGGUGAAUAUGAAAGUACAGCCAGAAGCCACUUAGCUUAGCAUAAAGACUAGAAACGGGGAAACAGCUAGUUUCUCCAAAGGUAACAAAAUCCACUCCCCAGCACCUCUCAAGCUUCACAAUUAACUUGUUAUAUCUGGUUUGUUUAAUCUGUAUAAAAAACAGAGUUGUAGUUUCACAGGAAGUUGUGCUGGACUAUUUCUUGGACUCCAUGGAUUCUUUGUCAUGGCUCCCAGCCAAGAAAUAGUAUGAUUCCUUUCUACAUUUAGACAGAACCAGGCUUGCUGUUUUCUCCUGCUUCAUGUCUUCCCAUUACGCUAAGAUAACUGUCUCCUGGCUGUAGCUUAACGUAAUGUAUAGACAGUAAAGUGGUAUUGGGCUUUUUUCAUCUAACUCUCUGCAAGAAAGCAAAUUUCCCAACAUGUUGAUUCGUUUAGUAGCAGCCAUACUUAAUGUGCCAUUGUACUACUUUUCCCUGCAUCAAUUAAGCUGAAAUUUAUUUCUGAAAGUAACGAGAUUUAAUCAAAUUUGUUCAUUCUAACACCCGGUUACCACGGCAGCCUUCCACCGGCUGAAUUAGCCUCAUUGAAACAAUAUGUGUGGUGACAUGUGGAUGUGGGUUCUGGUUCUGUAAAAGAAGGGGUUCAGGGAAUGGGGUCUGGUUUUGGGUUCUCUUAGUCAGUGUUUUUUU